AUGUCUGCCAUCCCCACCUCCACCUCGGUCAUCGAGUCCGCCGUCAUUGAGGCCUCCUUCAGCGACGUCUGGCACCUCAUCAAGCUCCAGGACUUCUCCAAGUUCUACUCUGCCCUCGAGUCCUCCGAAUGGGUCAAGGGCUCUUCUCCCGACACCGACAUCGUCAAGUGGACCUUCAAGGACGGCACCGUCCUCGAGGUUAAGCAGGAGGAGCACUCCAGCAUCGACCACUACAUCACCUACAGCGUCAUCUCAUCCCAGCCCGCCCUGAGCUACACCUCCGUCGUCAGCACCAUCCGCGCCUACCCCAUCACCUCUGGCCAGAACGAGGGUCAGACCUUUGUCACCUGGAGCGGAAACUUCUCCAGCGACGCCGACGCUGGUGUUAUCGCUGACGCCAAGUUCAAGCGCCGUGAGGCCCUCGCUGACCUCGCCAAGGCUGCUUCCAAGAAGUAA